AUGUCGGGGGUAACAAUUAUAGUGGUAGCCGAGACAUUCACCGAAGCUACAUCCGUCUGUCGAGGUUGUCCAGUAGACUUUGGGAGAAAAAGGAUACAUGUGGAUCUCAUAGUCACGAAGGUCUUCCACUAUGAUAUAAUCCUGGGAAUGAAUUGGCUCUCCUCAAUAAGAGCUGAGAUUGAUUGCGAGGACCGAACGGUGACCAUAUAUGAAGAUGGUAGCUCUCCCUUCACGUUCACAGUACGGGUUAGCUACCCACAACGAGUCCUCUGUUAUGCUUCGCUAGAAGAAGGUCGCAAAGAUAGUUCGUUAACUUGCACCCCCAUAGUGAGCAACUUCGUUGAUGUAUUCAAGAACAUUCCGGGACUUCCUCCCCGGCGGGAGAUCGACUUCACCAUUAAUUUGGUGUCGUGCACUGCGCCCAUUUCUCUCCCAACUUAUCAGAUGCCUCCGUAUGAAAUGGAGGAGCUUCGACUUCAAAUUGAUGGGUUGUUAGAAGUAGGUUUUAUCUGA